GCGGUUUCUUUGCCCGAUAAAUCUCUCGAUAUACCCGGCCAAACUGUUUUUCAAAGCUGCCAAUUGGAUUGAUUUUCCUUUGACAAUUCCGAUUCUACCUACAAACCAACUUCAAUUCUAAUUUGCAAUUAUUUUAUUCUCCGUAGUAUUCCGUACUUCCCAGAGUCGUUCAGCAUAUAAGUAAUUACAUAUUACUAAGCCAAUGUGAUGGCCAGUCAGUUGAUAGUCAGGAUGGAGAAUGUCAGCGCCAACGAGACAUACUGUCCUUGGCCCGAACGGCAUUUCCAGUAUGUUUGGGAAUCGACGGGAUUUAAAUACACGGAAUACAUAUUACAUCCCAUUUGGCUGUUUAUCUGCACCGUCGGAAAUAUUCUUACCAUUAUGUUGCUAGGCCGCAUGCACACGUUUCAGACGACGUUCAUCACUGCUAUUGCCUACUUCGACCUGCUCACGAUGUGGGGAUGGAUUGUGCUGUCGCUACAAGUCUACGUCGGCUACAGCAGCGCAGGCGAUGACCUUCUACCAUCCCGCGCCUAUUUCAACAUCACCUCCGUACCUACCCGCGCUGUGCUGGUAACCAGUGAGUUUCUGGGAAAUGUCGGCAGCGGAUGUUCUGAUUGGGUGCUAGCCUUGUUCAGCGUAGCGCGACUGUUGUACGCGAUGGACCCUUUUCGACCGCGAGCAGUGUGCACAGCAAAGGCGCGUGCAGCGGUUUUAUGUCUGAUACCACCCGCCGUUAUGUGCUCCAUUUUUCCGCUGAUCGAAUUUGCUUACACGCACGAUUAUGGGUUGAAACCGCCACCUGACUGGAUCCGCGAGUGGAAGCAGGUCUGGUACAUGGGAAUGACCAUUAGCGGAUUGGUGACCUUUGCAGUCAUCUUAUUGGCCAAUGUCUUCGCUGCAGUUAUGUUGAGACGCCAUUCAGGGUUCCCGCACGAAAACGCUAACCAGCCGCUCCCUGCAGUCAGCUCGCACAAAUUCGUUUUACGAGUGAAACGCCGGCAUGGACUGCUGACGGUGCGUGCGCUGGAUAACGAUGUGACUGUCUGCAUCACAAUGCGGCUCCUAACAGCAUCGGUUAUCUUGUAUUUUGUCACCACCAUUCCGUACAUGUCGUGGUAUCUGCUGACGAAACUGGAGCGGCAGUGCCGCAUACACAUCUCGGAUCAUCAGUAUGCCGUGCUAGUGGCCUUCUUCCUACAGUUCUCCUACAUGAAAUAUUCGCUGAAUUUCAUCCUCUACUGCGGCAUGAGCCGGACGUUUCUGAAGCAUUUCCUGGCGACAGUGGCCAGUUUCUGGAGAAAUCUGGCUGGACGGUGGACGAUCUCCCGUUGUGCUGCGAGAUUGGACGGGAGUCCGAACGAAGACACCGCAAGAACCAAUCGCCGCGACACUGACGUAACAUUUUUGAGUAUUCAUCGAGACAGCGUGCACAAAUCGGAGACCUCGACAGACGAAACCGGCCAUCUGUAAAGUGUGUACUGUGUACCAUCCUGACAGCAUUGCGAUUGUUUCUUCCUUGGACAGCUGUGUACAGUGUUUCUUUUUUUCCAUGUGAAUCAAAAAGAAAAUUGAUUUAGCCAUGUUUAAAUUCCCACGCUAGAUGGCGAUCCUAGCCCUUGAUGGGUAAC